CUGGGCCACAUCACCUGUUCAUACGAAGUCGAUGUAUUUAUAUUGUAUGUCCUUCAGUUAUACACGUGGAUGUAUGUGAAUACAUGUAUGCACAUGUGUAUGUAUACCUAUAGUUAACAGUUUUCUGAUCUAGUGAACAGCUAUGGCGAGUGACGGGUCCGAUGUGUCUGCCGAUGAGGAUGGCAUCGCAGACUGUGAUGUGAUAGUCAUGCACCCGGGCGCACAGUUCUUGCGCAUUGGGUUGUCAAAGAACCCAUUUCCUUUCACGAUUCUGCAUGCCAUAGCACGUAAAGUGCGAUCACAACCCGAUAAAAAAAAACCAAAGCUAGCUCACGACAAUGACGACAGUGACAGCAAUAGCGACGAUCUAGAAGCUUCAAGUGACGCUAACAAAGCUGACGAAAACCAAAAGAAGUCCGCAAAGACGGCAACAUCCAACUCUGACACGAAAGUUGUACUAUACAAUAGCACUGUAGUGGCCGAAGAGAUACCAAAACAUAUGGACGACCAAGAGGUCACCUGGGAUAAAAUAGACGACUACGAAGGAAGAGACUAUGCCGUCGGCAAUGAGUUGCUAACUUUGGAUCCAACGGAUGUCAAGGU